GAGUGGCGGCAGUCCGAGAGUACCAGAGUCACAUAUAAAGAGAGGCGAUCGUAUCGACGCCAGGACAUGAACAGGGGAUGGUGGGGGAGAUGGCGCAGGGAACCUGGAAUGCUGGGAGCCUGGCACAGGCAGUGGUUAUGUUAAACCUGUUGGCGCUCACAGAUGCAGCUCACAAGUCAGACCUGAGCAGUGAAGCCUCUGGAGCUGUAAUCAAUCAUUCCUCCAUGCUCAUCCAUCGUCUGCAGGAGCUCCUACAGAAUGGUAACUCCAGUGACACCACCCUGAGGGUCCACACCACCAACUCCGAUGAGGUGAAGAUCAUACACGCCCAUCAGCUUCUCCUCAGCCUACAGAGCGAUAUCUUCGAGGGGCUUCUGCUAAACCAGAGCGUGCUGACAUUACAGGAGCCCGCAGACUGCGCUGUUUUAUUUGAGAAAUUCCUCAGGUACUUUUAUUGUGGUGAGAUUUCUGUCCAUUUGAACCAAGCUGUCCCUCUUCACCGUUUGGCCAGCAAAUAUCACGUCUCAGCCCUACAGAGAGGAGUCUCUGAAUAUAUGAAAACCCAUCUGGCCAGUGAGUCAACACAAGGCCAUGUGGUUAGCUGGUACCACUAUGCGUUAAAGAUGGGCGAUGAGGGCCUGCAGGAGAGUUGCCUGAAGUUCUUGGCAUGGAACCUGUCCACCGUUAUAAGUAGCAGUGAGUGGGUGACUGUGAGUGAUGACCUCAUGGUGUCUCUACUCCAGCGCUCUGAUCUGGUACUGCAGAAUGAAAUAGAGUUAUUUAGUGCAGUAGAGGAAUGGAUCAGCAAGAACAAUCCUGAUGUACCCAUUAUUGACAAGGUUCUGCGGUCUAUCCGAUAUGCCAUGAUCUCUCCAAGUCAACUUUUUCAGAUUCAGAAACAGUCCACGGUGUUGGCUACUUAUCACAGCUCUGUGCAAGAUCUCUUGUUCCAGGCCUUCCAGUUCCACUCAGCUUCCCCACUGCACUUUGCCAAAUAUUUUGAUGUUAACUGCAGCAUGUUUGUGCCUCGGAAUUAUCUGUCUUCCUCAUGGGGGUCACAGUGGAUCAUUAACAAUCCUGCCAGGGAUGACAGAAGCCUUAGUUUUCAGACCCAGCUCGGGCCCAGCAACCACGACUCUACUAAGAAAAUCACGUGGAAUGCUCUUUUUUCUCCACGCUGGCUUCCCGUCAGCUUGCGCCCUGUCUACUCAGAGUCUGUGUCUGGUGCCUCUCAAUCCAAUCGUCUAGAUGAAGGGAAACCUCGGCUGGUGGUGACCUCAGCAAUGAGUGGCCUGGAAUUUGCAGGGGUCACCUUCCAGAAGACUGUCUUGGUUGGUGUUAGGAGACAGCAGGGCAAGGUGUUUGUGAAGCAUGUCUACAACGUCCACCAAAGUACAGAUGAAGUGUCUGACUUCUUAGUACAUGCUGACCUUCAGAAACGGACUUCAGAAUAUCUGAUAGACAACUCCCUGCAUCUGCACAUCAUCAUUAAACCAAUCUACCACUCUUUAAUUAAAGCAAAGUGAGAUGCUGAUGUAUGAAAAAAAACCAAUAAAAGUAUUUUGAAUGGAUCCAUAAAGAAUCUGAAAUGUAUUGUGACCAGAGCAACAUUUGAAACACGUUGAUCUCUGCAAUCAUUCUAUCUUGGCCAGAAGUACCAGAGAACUCUUCACACAGCAAAGUAGCAUAACUCAGAGACACCAUCUAACCACAAAAACUUAAUUACAGCCACUUUUAGGGACAAAAAACACCCCACCCCAUACAACAAGAACACAGAACUGAUUUACGAAACAUUUGUUGAGUUGUUUAUUGUGUAACAUAUAAACUAUAUAUUUUUUAGAAAUCGAAUCAGUUAUCUGCUCAAGGUUUCCUUACUUUCCAAACUCUUAACCCUUCAGCCCAUGUAAUUCCAUAGAGCACUGUUUGUUUCGCCCACUGUGUGUAUGUUUUUAAAUUUUGUAUGUGUUCAGUGUAGACAAAGUAUGCAAUUCUCACGUUUUCACAGCCUGCCCCGGAACUGUACGGAGUGUCCAAAAUAGGUUUAGACAAAACAUUAAAAAGAGAAAGAAGAAAUAAAAUAAAACGUAGAACACACAACCUUGUAGCAUUAAUAUUAGUCUAUAAUAGAAAUGCAAAAAACUACUACAACUGGAUCAAGUGGGGAUAGAGGGACUCAGAACAGUUGAGUGGAAGAAAAUAAGGGAGAACAGCUGGACAAAAGACAUGAUUUGGGAGAAUAUCAAGAAAGGAAU